UCAUAUAUCAGAGGGAAGCCACGUUCAGUGUUUCACAAGCUGGUAUUUCAGACUGCAUCAACCAUGUCUGGGAGAGGAAAGGGUGGGAAGGGCUUAGGCAAGGGGGGUGCCAAGCGCCACCGCAAGGUUCUGCGCGACAACAUCCAGGGCAUCACCAAGCCCGCUAUCCGCCGCCUGGCCCGGCGCGGUGGUGUCAAGCGCAUCUCCGGCCUCAUCUACGAGGAGACCCGCGGGGUGCUGAAGGUGUUCCUGGAGAAUGUGAUCCGGGACGCCGUCACCUACACCGAGCACGCCAAGCGCAAGACCGUCACCGCCAUGGAUGUGGUCUACGCGCUCAAGCGCCAGGGCCGCACCCUGUACGGCUUCGGAGGCUAGACCCCCCGCCACUGCUUC